AUGUCUCUUCAAGGCUCAACGUCGACGUUUCUCGGUCUUGAGAACUGCCAUGUGUUCAUCACAGGCGCAGCCGGAGGGGUCGGGGGAGCUGCUGUUAAGGAAUUCCUUGCCAAUGGAUGCCGAGUCACUUCUUUUGAUAGGAACCCAUUGAAUGCCGAGCACCUAUCAAUCUCUAAGGAGCAGAAGACGAGACUGCACCACGUUUCGGGUGACCUGAGAACCGAAUCAUCCAUUGCGCAGGCAUUUGCAGAGGCCAGCAGCAAGUUUGGCCCAGUCCAGAUCCUCAUUGCCAAUGCUGGCAUUACAGACGAGAGCAGCCAUCCAUCGAUCUGGGAAAUCGACACAGAGAAAUGGGACGCCGUCUAUGCUGUCAAUGUCCGAGGAACCUUUCUCACCAUCAAACACUUCCUUCGAUCAAUGAAGCAAGCGCAAGAAGAAUCUGGCAAGGAGCUGGAAAAUGUUGCUAUUGUAGUCACCGGCUCCGAAACAGGCGUCUUUGGACAGGCUGGUCACGCUGAAUAUGCGUCGGGCAAAGCAGGUCUCCAAUAUGGUCUUGUCAAAACCGUCAAGAACGAGAUUGUGAAGCUCAAUUCUAAAGCGCGUAUAAACGCUGUUGCGCCUGGGUGGAUCAACACUCCAUUGAUUGGAGAUCGACUGGAUGAUCCGAAGGAGAGAUGGGCUGAGGCAGAAGCGACUGUCGCCCUACGUAAGAUUGCUGAGCCAAGUGACGCAGCUCGUUGCAUGGCGUUUUUGGCUUCUCAUAGGGCUGCAGGCCAUAUCACGGGCCAGUGCAUAUCUGUCGAUGGAGGCCAGGAAGGUCGCUUGCUAUGGAGAGAGACGCAGGACGAGCUUCAGGCCAACCCCGUGGGCCAUUCCUUGACGCCUCGAGUGACCUUGCCAACCGUCAUCAAUCCACCUGAGAAACGCCGAAGGUUGAGAAUUUGUCUCUCUGUUGACUUUGACGCGGUCUCGGGGCUGAUUGGAACGGGCCAUGUCCCAGAGAACAAACUCGCCGACUACUCAGCUGCUCACUUCGGUGGCAACGUCGGUGUUGACAGAUUAUUGAGGGUUUUCAGCAAGCAUGGCAUAUCUCAGGAUGUUUCUUGGUUCAUUCCAGGUCACUCAAUGGAAAGUUACCCCAGGCAGACACAAGCCAUUGUUGCGAGCGGCGCUGAGAUCGGCCUCCAUGGCUACAGCCACGAGGGUGCAUACUCUUUAUCUGAGCAACAGGAACGAGACAUACUUUUGAAGUGCAUUGAACUAGCCACUUCUCUCUGCCAGGGCAAGAAGCCUUUGGGUUACCGAGCUCCCUUGUACGAGAUCAGGGAGUCGACGGUUCGCCUACUGGAGGAACACGGGUUCCUCUACGACGCUAGUCUGAACUCCCAUGACAGUUUGCCUUACUUUCUCCCCAAGACAUUCGCGGAAGCCAGGCCAGCGAUUCCAGACUACGAUCAACCUGCGAGCACGUGGAUGAAGCCCAUAGCCUUGACUGAGCAGCCUGAGCGCGGGUCCCAAGAGGCAGAAACGUCGCUCGUAGAGAUUCCAGGUAGUUGGUACACUGAAGAUGCUACACCGCUAUGCUUCUACCCACAUACAGCCACAACCCAAGGUUAUGUGAGUACAGAUGUCAUUGAAAAGAUGUGGUUAGACCGCUUUGAAUGGCUAUGGGAGAAUGAGAGCUUUGUUGAUGAAGGCCCCGGCGCGGGAUACGGAUCUAUCUUCCCUCUCAUUCUGCAUCCUGAGUGCGCUGGUAGAUCUCAUGUUAUUGGCAUGAUUGACAAGUUUGUCGCGAAACUCAAGGGAAAGGCUGGUAACGCUGCUGAAGGGGAGAUUACGUUUGAGUGCAUGACUGAUGUAGCGAAGGCUUGGAAGGGAAGGGCGCCUAGGUCAUAA